CCAGUAGUAAAAAUAUUAAUGCAGAUGGUAUGUGAUCCAAGUUCUAUUAAAGUUAACAGGGCAUUUGGUUGGGUUAUUCCACCGCUUUUAGUUGGUGUUAUGGGCUUUACUACAUGGGUUUAUAUUGUAUUAAUAUGCAUAAAUCAUUUGGUAAAUCGUGGUAGGAGUCUAGGAAUUGCUCUUCUUGUUGUUUUUUCUAUACUCUUAUCUAUGGUUGCAUUUUCUUUUGCACGUAUUAUUUUUACAUCUCCUGGUUAUGUUCCUAGAUUUAAAGACUUAAAAAUAUGUUCAUCAAAUGAUAUUGAACUAAGAAAUCAUAUAACUGAUCAGAUGAGAACAUUUUGUCUAUAUGAUGCUUAUGUCUGCGAAAAUGAUGGAUUUCCAAGAUGGUGUGCUAUAUGUGAAGUAUAUAAGCCAGAUCGUGCCCAUCAUUGUAGUGAGGUGCAGCGUUGUGUUCUAAAGUUAGAUCAUUAUUGUCCAUGGGUUGGUGGUGUCAUUGGUUUUACACGAUAUAAGUUUUUUGUUUUGUUUAUAUUUUAUGUUACUCUUAUUUGCGUUUUUGUUAUAUGUUCAUGUGCACCUUUGAUUAGAGAAUAUUAUAUGAUGAAUGGUCAUGUUCCUGGGCCAUGGAUAGGGAUUCUUGCAAUGGCAUCUUUUUUUACGUUAUUUUUGGGACCUUUUACUAGCAUUCAUGUUUUUUAUAUAUUUCGCAAUUCAACUACUAUAGAAUCAAUUAAUUUUUAUGCUAGAUUUUAUCUUCUUAAUGUUUUAUAUGAUACCGAUAAAUCUGGAUUUAAAAGAGCAAAUAUUACUACAAAUCCUGGUGACCAUCCAUGGGAUUUAGGUUGGAAAGAGAAUUGGUGUUCUGUUAUGGGGAAAAAAUGGUGGGAAUGGUUUUUUCCCAUUAAGGGAAGUCCUGGAAAUGGUUAUCAUUUUAAUUAUAAUCCUGAUAAACUUGAUGAAUGGAAAAUAAUAGCAAAACAAGUUGGAAUAGUACCUACGUAUUUAAAUUCAUCUAAAAGUAUGACUUCAAAUCUUCAAUCAGAAUAUUCUAGUACACUUUCACAACCUGGAUUUUGGACAGAUAGCGGUGCUCCUACGUCUUCUGUAAAUUCUGUUAAAAUGUUAAAUGAACAAAUUUUGUGAAAAAUAUAUAAUGAAACA